AUGUCUCUUACCAAUGGAGUGAUAACUGCUAUUCCUGCGCCUGAGGGAUAUGUGGUCAAUUUCGAGGAUCCCGCGAGACAGGGAAACAUUGCUACAUAUUGGGUUUCUGGUAUUGGGAUGGUAUUUGCCUUCCUGUUUAUGUUCCAACGACUCUUUGUGAAAGUCAUUGUUCGCAGGGCUUUCGGAAUUGAUGAUGUCUGUCUUGUGUUAGCUUGGGCAUUCACAGUUGUACUCCAGGUAAUCGUCAUACGAGGAUUCGCUGUUGGAUACAUUGGAACUCACGCAUUUGAAAUGCCAAUUACAGAAUUCAUGACUUUUUUUAAGUUUAGUGUAUACAUUAACACCAUCAUCUACGCGCCACCGACUAUGCUUGCAAAAUUAGUCAUUUUACUCUUCUACAACACUCUCCAGAACCAAGACAAAUGGUUCAAAUACUCUGUGUGGUUUGCCAUGUUUGUCACCAUUGGAUCGUCGACUGGAAUAUUCUUUUCCUCCAUCUUCUCAUGCAAACCGAUAGCGAUGGGUUGGGACCUUACAAUCACUGAUGGUGUGUGUAUUGAUCGCACGGCCAUGUUCAAGGCAACUGCAGCUUUAGGUGUUAUUGUCGAUGUCCUCAUCAUUGCAAUUCCAAUCCCUAUGGUCUUUAAGCUGCAGAUGUCCAGGUCAAAGAAAGCCAGUCUGUUAUUUGUCUUUUCAAUCGGAUCAGUUACUGUUAUUACAUCUAUUAUUCGAUUAGUGUUGCUCAUAACUAGUCUCAGCGAUACAGACACUUCCUGGGGCGCUGGACCGAUUCAUGUCUGGAUCUGUGUAGAAUCCAACCUUCUUAUUAUGUGCGCAUCUCUUCCGACAUUGAGACUCUUUGUACGAACUGUGGCGCCAAAUCUCAUGAGCUCUACCGCCGCAUCGAAUAACAAGUCUGGAGGAUACGCAGGUCAAUCAGGGAGGUCGAGGACGGUUGGAGGUAGUAGUAUGCCUGGACCUGGCACCAACCCAAAACGUCAGCACUACGGUCGAUUUGAUGAUGAUCCUGAAUAUGGCCUGGAAACUCUCGUUGAGGCCCGGAAAAAUAAUUCUGAUGUGAAAACGAAUAGCGUCGGGUCCCAAGACGCCACCGGAUGGGAAGAUGGCAACAGUGAUAGAGCCAUAAUGCAAACAACUACGACCGCGAUAACGUACUCGAACAAAUCUCAGGGUUUAUAA